ACAAUUCAAAUAUUAAAUACAUAUGGUCGAUCAUGAAGUCAUAACCUAAAAUUUGUUAUUAUUUAUUUUCAAAUAUCUUGUUAUAAAAGCAAUUAUAAUUGAACAUAAUUUAUAGGAAAACGUUAAUAUUUAUUUUAUAAGUAAAAAUAAUGUUACCUGUCAAACAACGUAUACCAUACAAAGCGAGUGCAGCUUGGAACUUAUUAAAUAGUAUAUUUGUUAUAUAUAAACCAGCAUUGACACAUUAUUUAAGUGUACGAGAUACUAUAAUAAAACAUAUAUGUAGAGAUUUAAAUGAAAUGGAGGUUAGGCCACCUGACAAUUAUGUAGUGAUUGAAGGAAAAACCAAUGAAAAACUAGAAGUUAUUGUUCGUCCUAAUUAUGGAGAUAAUGAACUAGUUGUUGGACCUCGUUAUCAAUAUAACGAUAUCAGUUUAUCUUCUGCAAAUUGUUUAUCCAUAGAUACUUCUGGUGUUUUAAUAUGCGGUAUUAAUGAAGGCAAUUCAUUGAUAAACAAAAUUAGAGAAUCAAAACCAUCAAGAUAUUACAGACUUAAAGGGAUCUUAGGUCAAGCAACAAAUAAUCAUUUUAAAACUGGUAAAAUAAUAGAAAAAUCUACAUACAAACAUAUCAAAAGAACUCAUAUUGACAAAAUAUGUGCCUCAAUGCAAUCUUCUCAUCAAAAAAAAAUGUUUGAAAUUUGUGGAGUAGAUAUUCAAAGUCAAACUGCUUAUGAAUUAGCAGUACAGGGUUUAAUUAGACCAGCUCACUCAGAAAUCCCUAUAUUAUAUGAAAUAAAAUGUAUAAAUUUUCAACCUCCUGAAUUCACACUUGAAAUUAUUUGCAUCAAUGAAUAUGAGCAGUAUUUAAAAACGUUAAUUCACGAAUUAGGUUUAGAACUUCAUUCCACAGCUACUUGUACACAAAUACAAUGUUUUAAAUAUGGAUUAUUUGAACUACAACAUGCACUACUAUCUAAAAAGUGGGAUAUUCUGUCUAUCUUAAAUAAUAUGAAAAUAUGUACAAAAAUAUUAAAGGAAAAUGAUUAUUUACUAGAACAAACUAGUCCUAUUUUGGUAGAUAAUAGUCAGUAAAUUUUGUUUAAAUAGAUACACAUUUAUAUAUACUGUAUAUAAUAAACAUCG